GCCCGGAACCGCCGGGCCCGGACAUCCGGGCAGGGCCGCCCGCAGCUGCGGCCCGUGGGAGCGGGCGGCGCGGCCCGGCCAUGGCGGCCCCGCGGCCGGACCCCGAGCUGGCCCGGCAGCUCUUCUUCGAGGGCGCGGCCGUGGUAGUGCUGGACGUGCCCGAGGGCACCGAGUUCGGCAUCGACUGCAGCGCCUGGGCCGUGGGGCCGCGGUUCCGCGGCGUGAAGAUGGUGCCGCCGGGGCUGCAUUUCGUGCACUGCAGCGCGGCCGGCGCCGGCGGGCGGGACGCGGGGCCGCGCUCCGGCCGCUUCCUCAGCCUGCGGCGCCGCGAGGUGCGGGUGCUGCGCUGGGACCCCGCGGGCGAGGCCGUGCGGCCCGAGCCCCCCGAGCAGGGCGAGGCGCUGCGGGACAGCCUGCGGGAGCUGGACCCCUUCCUGGGGCCCUACCCCUACGAGACGCUGAAGAAGUGGGUGUCGCUGAGCAACUUCGUUAGCGAGGCGGCGGCCGAGGAGCUGCAGCCCGAGAGCGGCCAGAUCUGCGCGUUCGCCGAGGUGCUGCCCGAGGCGGCGGGGCGGCACACGCGGGACCGCGCCGGGCAGCGCCGGCCGCCGCUGGGCGCCGAGUGCCGCAGCUACGCCGAGGGCCUGGCCCGGCUGCCCCGCAUGCAGCCGCGGGCCGGCACCCAGAUCCGCUUCUCCGAGCUGCCCCGGCAGGCCUUCCCCGACGGGGCCACCCCCGAGGAGAUCACCCGGCACAGCAUGGACCUGAGCUACGCCCUGCAGCGGGUGAUGGAGCAGCGCUACCCCGGCCGGCCGCUGGGCCUGCUCGCUGAGUUGCAGUUUGCUUUCAUCUGCUUCCUGAUUGGGAACGUGUACGAUGCCUUUGAGCACUGGAAAAGGCUCCUGAACAUCCUGUGCCGCUCAGAGGAGGCCAUGAGCAAGUACCAAGACCUUUACAUCAACCUCAUUUCUGUGCUGUAUCACCAGCUCAACGAAAUCCCAGCAGAUUUUUUUGUGGACAUUGUCUCCCAGGACAACUUUUUAACCAGCACCUUACAGGUGCUCUUCUCCUGCACGUGCAGCUCUGCUGUGGAUGAGACUCUGAGGAAAAAGGCUGAAAAGUUCAAGGCUCACCUGACAAAGAAAUUCAAAUGGGACUUUGAGGCAGAGCCUGAUGACUGUGCUCCUGUGGUGGUUGAGCUGCCUGAGGGUGUGCAGGUGGACUGAGCCAAAGGCCUCCUUAGGAGCAAACAGCUUCUGAAAUGACCCCUUCCUUCUCUUCUCCAGCCUUGCCAGCUCCUUAAAGGCUGUUUGUGAAGCUGAUCCUCUUUCUGCUGGAGAAGCAGGUGUGGGAAACCCAGGAAGAUGCUGAGCUUUGUGAGGAGACCAGAGGUGUUGGAGGAGUUUGGGUGUUGCCACAUGGCUGCUUUGGACCUUGGGGUUUUCCCAGCCCUUCUGCAGCAUCUCCUCCUAGAACACAAACCACAAAGUCAUAGAAUCAUUAAAAUUUAAAAAGACCUUUUGAUAUCAUGGAGCUCAACACUAAAUCUCACACUGCCACGGUCCUCCUGCACUCAGCUGUCCUCUGCAUCCCUGUGGUAAAGGGCUGUAACCCCACAGAGUGGUUUUGGCAGCCCAAACCCAGGCUGUGAGCUGAAGUUCGGCUCUUCUGGGCUCGUGUUCAGCGGUGUGACCAUGACUGCUGCACUGCUGUGUCGGGUGCUCACUGUGAUUUGUCUGUUGGGGAGGAGGCUCAAAGCCACAGCAAAAUUCCUCCAGUUUCAUGCACCCAAUACCUCACUGUCUUAUUCCUGUUGCUCCUAUUCUGUUAAACUCUUUUGUAUUUACUGCUGGCACUGUUUUGCCUGGUUUAAAAGAAAGUGAACAGUUUGGUGCUAGGAAAUAGUUACUGGACUGUGGUCACUGUAGUUAAAGAACAGAGCCAGCAGGAGAUAAAGGAUCAGAUUUCCACAUGAACUGGAUCCUCUGUUUUGUUAUAAUUGGCAAUCCUAUGUUUUUGCUCAAAAACUGUGAUUGAAAAUGGUUUGUAAUGGUCAGGUUCCCAUGAUGAAUUGCACUUUUAGCAGUUAAGAAAAGAGAAUAUAAUUGUACUUCCAUUGUG